AUGAACAUUCGAGUAGGUGGUGAAACCUUACAAGAAACAGAGAAGACAUUGCCCCAGAUUUUCAGUAAAACAAUGGCUGAUGAACUAGAGUCAACUUCAGGAUGUCAGUUACGAAGACGGCGUUUAAUGGGCAAACCACAGUUCGCUUUGAACCUUGACGUGGACUACCACGUAAAGGAAGGUUACAGUGGGCAAGGUACACCGUCCCCCAGUUAUGUGAAGCUGACACCAAGUGCUACACCGAGUUCUGCCCGACUAUUACAAGAUUUCAAGAAUAAACAACAAUCGUUUGAUAUACGGGUAGAAGAUUGCGAAGAAAUAGAAAUUAUAAUAGAAAGCGAUGAGGAAGGUGAAGAAGAAGUCGAAGAAAAUGCAACAGCGAUAGCGAAUCGACCCAUCACGCCUACACCCAUACAAGACUUCGGUACAAGCGUGAUAUAUAUGGAAGGACCACAAGCGACAGAUUUCUUGAAGGUAAAUGCAAUAGAACAAGAUUGCUACACAGACGUUUCGGAUGCUGGCUCCGAAGAUGAAGAUGAACAG